AAAGCCUCCCUCUCUGUUAAGAUGCACGACUCUGGUAAAUGGCUCGUCUCUGGCUUUGUCAAAGAGCACAACCAUGACCUCGUUCCUCCCGACCAAGUCCACUGUCUCCGCUCCCACAGGCAAAUCUCUGGCCCAGCCAAGACCUUGAUUGACACGCUUCAAGCUGCAGGUAUGGGCCCCCGCAGGAUUAUGUCCGCCCUCAUCAAAGAGUACGGUGGCAUCAGCAAGGUUGGCUUCACCGAAGUCGACUGUAGGAAUUAUAUGAGGAACAAUCGGCAGAAGAGCAUAGAAGGAGAUAUUCAGCUUCUUCUUGACUACUUGCGGCAGAUGAAUGCCGACAACCCUAACUUCUUUUACGCUCUUCAGGGAGGAACCACCGAAGAUGAUCACUCUGUGGGUAAUGUCUUCUGGGCUGAUCCUAAAGCUAGAACGGAUUUUGCUUACUUUGGGGAUACUGUCACUUUUGAUACCACCUACAGGUCCAACAGGUACCGUUUGCCUUUCGCACCCUUCACUGGUGUUAACCACCAUGGCCAACCCAUUCUUUUCGGCUGUGCCUUUAUCAUUAACGAAACCGAGGCUUCCUUUGUAUGGCUUUUCAAUACAUGGCUUGCGGCAAUGUCCGCCCACCCUCCUGUCUCAAUCACCACCGAUCAUGAUGCUGUUAUACGUGCAGCCAUCAUGCAGGUUUUCCCUGCCGCCCGCCAUCGCUUUUGCAAAUGGCAUAUUUUCAAGAAGUGUCAAGAGAAGUUGUCGCAUGUCUUCCUCACGCAUCCUUUUUUUGAGUCUGAUUUCGACAAAUGUGUCAAUCUGACAGAUACCCUUGAGGAUUUUGAAUCAUGUUGGUUUUCACUUCUUGACAAGUAUGAGCUACGCGAUCAUGACUGGCUACAAGCAUUGUACUCCGAUCGCCGGCAGUGGGUCCCAGUUUAUCUCCGUGAUACCUUUUUUGCCGAAAUGUCCUUAGCGCAGCGUAGUGACAGUAUCAAUUCGUAUUUUGAUGGUUACAUCAACGCUUCAACCAAUCUAAGCCAGUUCUUUAAGCUGUACGAAAAAGCCUUGGAGAGUCGUCUCGAGAAAGAAGUUAAAGCAGACUAUGAUACUAUGAACUCACCUCCUGUUCUCAAGACUCCAUCUCCAAUGGAGAAGCAGGCGUCUGACCUUUAUACAAGGAAAUUGUUUAUCAGAUUUCAGGAAGAACUAGUUGGAACCCUGACUUUUAUGGCAUCCAAAGCUCACGAUGAUGGGGAUCUUGUUACCUAUACGGUUGCGAAAUAUGGAGAGGCUCACAAGGCUCAUUUCAUCAAGUUCAACGUUUUGGAGAUGAGAGCAAAUUGCAGUUGCCAGAUGUUUGAGUUCUCUGGCAUCAUUUGUAGACAUAUAUUGGCAGUCUUCCGGGUCACCAAUCUCCUUACGCUUCCCCCUUACUACAUCCUAAAACGAUGGACCAGAAAUGCCAAAAGCAGCGUCAUAUUUGAUGAUUAUAAUUUGCAUGCGUAUGCUAAUUACCUGGAGUCUCAUACCGUCCGAUACAACACCUUACGCCACAAAGCUUCUAAUUUUCUGCAAGAAGCAGGCAAAUCUCUUUAUACUUGUGAUGUUGCAGUAGUUGCUCUGCAAGAAGCUGCCAAGACUGUGUCCCUAGCGAUGAAUAAGGAAGUUAGAAGAACUAUGGCGAACGGGCACUUUAAAGAGAGUUCUUCUGUAACUGAUGGAAAACGGAUGUGUUGCAAUGAGGACUGUCAGCAAGAUGUGCCGGCUCAGCCCGAGGACGAAAUGGACAAGAAGAUUAAUCAACUCAGAAACGAGCUGGAAUUAGCAAACAAGAAAUGUGAAGCUUACAGGACUAACCUACUUUCAGUUUUGAAAGAAAUGGAUGAUCAAAAGUUGCAAGUGUCCAUCAAAGUGCAGAACAUUAAAAUUAGCUUGAAGGAUAAUCUGUGAAAUAAGUGACAUGUUCCAACUGCUAUUCUAUUAAUUAAAUUAUUUGGCUUUUCAUCUGA